CCAUUAUUAAUUAAAUAUACGAGGGAGGGGAAGGGCGUUGAGCUGCCAGGGAUGCCCGAUUGUUGAUUCUGGAUUGGGGUGAGAUUCCUCCUAUGUUUAUAAGUGUGCGGAUGUCCCGGCUGUGAUUCUAUGGCUUGAGCUUCUCAGGCAACGAACAGCCAAUUCCUCUCCAUUUAUACCUUCACACAAUGGCUGCCCUCUUUGUCUCGCUCCUGGCCCUCACCAGUCUUGUACCGGUACAAGGUGCUGCCACUGUACCUCAGACAGAUAACGCAAAGCGUGCUGAGCGAGUACUUAAGAGCACCCCGCUGAUAGAUGGGCACAAUGACCUCCCUUAUGCUAUCAGGAGGUCUACCAAUGACCAGAUCUAUGACGGGAAGCUGCCCUUUGAAACCUCACUGAAGGGCCAUACCGAUCUACCCCGAAUGCGAAAGGGCCGCAUGGGUGGACAGUUCUGGAGUGUGUACAUUGCUUGUCCCUCGGACCCUAACGCUCCAAUUAAUACACCAAAGGUAUGAAAUAAUGUAUGUAUCUCAUUGAAUACUGUGUCCAGUGCUAAUGUGGGUAUCAUCAAUAGUUUGCGACUAGGGACACUCUAGAGCAAAUCGAUGUUGCAAGGCGACUUGUAGACAAGUACUCCAAGGAUCUUAUGUACUGCGAUAACCCUGGCUGCGCAAAGAGAGCCUUUAGAGAGGGUAAAAUCGGCAGCUUUAUUGGUAUUGAGGUAUAGUACUGUUUUUUCGUGUGGCCCCUUACCUACAUGUAUACUUACUCCAGAUGUACAUGUAGGGCGGCCACCAAGUUGGAAGCUCCAUUGCGGCCUUGCGCCAGGCCUUCUAUGCCGGAGCUCGCUACAUGACCCUCACCCACAAUUGCGACAAUGCAUGGGCAACAGCUGCUUCCACUGUCAGAGCCGGCAAGCCUGACUUGGGCAUGACUGACUUUGGCCCCGCCUUGAUCAAGGAGAUGAACCGCCUCGGCAUGCUCGUCGAUCUUUCGCACGUUUCUCAUCAAACCAUGAGAGACGUUCUGAAGAUCACCAAGGCACCCGUCAUCUUCUCCCACUCUUCCGCCUAUGAAGUCUCAAAGCACCUGCGCAACGUUCCAGACGACGUCCUCAAGACCGUUGCCAAAAACAACGGUGUUGUCAUGGUCACUUUCGUGAGCAGCUUCGUGAAGGUCGACGACCCCGAUACUGCGGAUGUCAACACCGUUGUCAAGCACAUCUUCCACAUCGCGGAAGUUGCCGGAUGGGACCACGUCGGUCUCGGUGGCGACUACGACGGCACCACUGAGCUUCCAAAGGGCCUCGAGGUAAGUCUCCAACCGAACUGACAUGCAGAAUCAAAAGCAAUAGACCGCUGACGAGUUCGAGCCUAGGACGUUUCGAAGUACCCAUAUCUCAUCGAGAAGGUCCUUGAAGCCGGAGCCACUGAGGAACAGGCCCGCAAACUCGUUGGAGAAAACGUGCUUCGUGUCUGGACCGAAGUGGAGCAGAUCGCAAAGAAGAUCCAGAGAUCCGGCGUUCUCCCUGUCGAGGAGGUCUGGAAGGGCAGGAAUGGAACUGCUCUCUCUGAACGAUCUACGUUCAUUGAGGGACCCGCCCCGCUUGAGUAUGGAUGCGAUUAAGGGGCUAUUGUAUUUAUCUUGCAUGAGAUAUCACGCCAUUUUUAGACACGAAGUCGUGAAUAAUAUACAUCAUUGUGCAUACGUGGAUAUGUGGAUAUUGUAGAUUUCGUUCGUCGUCGAGAAGAU